AUGAUGUCCUACGCCGAAGUAGCUGCCAAAGGCCCCAAGCAAACGGCCGAAGAGGCCGCCGCCCCCGCCCUCCCCUACCUCAGCACCGAAGACACAACAACAACCACCGAAGCAACCACUCCCUCCGUCCACACCAUCUCCUCCACCGACCUCGCCUCCUCCCAAGCCUCCGCCUCCGCCCGCGAAGGCCCUAUUCCAUCAUCCUCCCCCGAUCCCAACGUCACGACCUCAUCCUUCGCCGACCUAGCAGCCUCUACCGAACCCCACCACUCCCACUCCCAUAACCAUCACCAUAGCGGAAGUUCGAAGAAACGCCACGCCAAGGAGGCCGCCAAGAAGAUUGCGAACUACGGCGACGGCACGCCGCUCGCGCUGGCGAAUUUGAGCCUUGUGGUGGGGUUUAGCGCCGUGCUGGGGUUCAAGGCUUGGGAUUUGUAUGAGAGGGGCCAGUUGGGGUGGAAGGAGUUGGGGAUUGGGGCGGGGAUUGUGGGGGUUGUCGGGGCUGCGGAGGCUGUUAUCGGACGGUAUCUUUAUGAGGAGCACUUGAAGAAGAAAUGA